UGGAAAUCCCGAACGCCGGGUAUAAAAUGGAUGCCCCCGUUUUUAACGAGUCAGUCGGUCACGGAGAUAUCCAGUUACAGGACAAUUUACAAACAUGAACACUUUGGCAGUUUUCCUUAUUGUGGUGGUUGCCGUAGCGACGGCCGCCCCAUCAUCCAUUUUGGUCGAUGAGGAUCCAAUGCCAGUCACCACGGUUACGACGUGUGGCGGGUAUGUGAACUCAUCCUCGGCAGCGAUCAACUUCCAACUGGGAGGAGCUAUUCCAGCUGGUCAGGUCUGUCUCUGGACUGUGCAGGCCCCCUAUGACGCAAUCCGCUUCAACCUUAAGGAAUCCGGCCUUGGAAUGGGAGAUAACCUCAAGUUGACCCGCUUCAUCGGAGCCACUCCAGGAUAUCAAUACAAUGUCACCGAAGUUGGCGCUAACUACACUUACACCGCAGGAACUGUCCUCGUCACCUUGGAAGCUGGAGCUAGUUCCACCAUGGGAUUCAGCCUCGAGAUGUACUCCAGUGGCGACCUUGACGCCGGCGGUGGUGGUUUCACUCACUAUUCCACCCACCUCGAGGCCAGCGGAGCCACAGCCUAUCCCGGAAAUGGACAGCCGUACAGGGACAACGAGAUCGCCGUCAUUAUCGUCAGCCCCUCUGAAGCUGGCAGUCGCACUUUGACCUUCACCGGAAUGGACGUGGAGGGCAGCACGGGCUGCAUUUACGAUUCCGUCGAAGUUUUCGCUUGGGAGAUGGGAGGUCUCUCCUCGAAAGCUAGAGUUUGCGGAUCGGAACUCCCACCACCAACCGUGCUUGACUCUGGCCUUGGCAUUAUCAUCUUCAAGACGGAUUCUUCCGUGACGGCUGGAGGGUUCGCGUUCAACUGGAUGUAAAAAUAUUAACUUUUGUUUUUGCAUGUGUUCAAAAUUACUUUAUACAAUGACUUUACACUCGUUGUACCCCGGUCUUGUAAUAAAUAUGAGAUGAGAUUCGAAGUUUAAUUUAAA